AUGAUAGAGAGAGCUUUACAUUAUUACGAAAAUUCAAUUACAAAGGCCAGCCCGAACCAACCUUGAGGGAGACAAAAAAGUAUUCUUAUGGCCAAAAAUAAUUAUACAACAUAUUUACUGAUUAAACUCCUAUGUAUAGUUUUUGGUUAGUAACGAUAUUGUAAUUACUUAGACUAUAUUUGUAAGAAAGAAAGGAUAAAUAGUAUCAUCUUUUUAAGGAGUAUGAGGACAAAAUAUAGUAAAUAACAUGCAUAUAAAAUAUGUAUAUUGUACAAAGUUAAUGGAGUUGAUAAGAGAACAGAAGUCAUAAGAAUUGAAGUUGAAGACUAACACAGUCCACUGUUUCUUUUUCUGCAAAGAAAGCGAACCUUCUCUUUUCCCUCAUUAUUACUCUCUCCAAACUUUUUCGACUAUAUGUUUUUUCUUUUCUAUUUUCUUUUUUUUUUUUGGCUUUCUCUCCUUGACCACCUCAGUACUACUCCACAACUAUAUCUAACACCAUUAAUAAGCAGAAGAUAGCGGAAUACAUUCAGAUAAAGUAGACUAAAGAAAGAAAGAGAGAGGAAGAAAUUAAGAAAAUGGAGGUCCAUCUUGGAGACUCGUUAACAAGCUUUCAAGAACACCACACUUCGGAUUCUAUUCCAGAUCUCUUUGCCUCUGAAGCUGAUCAUAUGCCUUCAAGAAACUUUUUCACUCGCUUUAAAAACAGAGAUUUCUACGUUCCUUUUCGAAGUGAGGCAAUUUCUCAUAUUUUACAGGCGCAGUUCUCCUGUAACUUAGACCCCUUCAUAUCCUACCUUGCUAUCAAUUACAUGGAUCGGUAUGUCUCUAAGCAAGAAAUUCCGCAAGGAAAGCCCUGGAUUUCAAGACUAAUGGUAAUUGGUUGCCUCUCUCUAGCUUCAAAGAUGAAGAACUCGCCAUUCUCAAUAUCUGAUAUUUAUAGAGAAGAGGGUCUUGUGUUUGACGCUCAAACAGUUCACAAAAUGGAGCUGUUGAUUCUUGAUACUCUGAGUUGGCGAAUGAGAUCCAUAACACCUUUCUCAUUUUUCUCCUUCUUUAUCUCCUUUAUCGAAAUUAAUGACCCAUUGACACAAGCUCUCAAAGACCGAGCUUCAGACAUGAUCUUCUGCUCCCAAAAUGACAUUAAGUUCUUAGAUUAUAAACCGUCAAUAAUUGCGGCAUCAGCGCUCCUCUUUGCAACUCAUGAGCUAUUCAUACAGCAAUUUGCUUCUUUCAAGGCUUCUCUCUUAAACUGUCAACACAUUAAAAGUGAGAAUUUAUUGAAAUGCUAUAAUAUGAUGCAAGAAAUGGUGUUGAUGCAAGGGUACGGGUCGAAUUUAGACACAUCAUCAAGCACAAGAACACCAAUGAGUGUGCUUGAACGUGAAAUCACCAACUCAGAUGGCGAAAACUCCAUGUCCAUGUCCAUAGCUACUGCUACUACUGCUACUACCUCCUCGGCUCAAAUAUGUGUCACUUCAUCAAUGGUAGACAAGGAUGACAACAAGAGACGAAAAUUGAAUGGUGUGUGUAAUAAUAACAAUAAUAAUAAUAGUAGGUUUCAGCUUUCUCAGUUUCAUCACUACUGAGUACUGAUUAUUAGAACCAAACAAGGAAACUGGUCCAUGUCUAGUGACAAUUGUCUCCUGUGAUGUUCGACUUUUUGGGCUCUGAUUUGAAGCAUUAGGCGUUGUAAGGGGUCAGGCUCAAGUCUGUUUCACUUUCCUCUGUCUCUGUCUCUCUUUCUUCACACCCUGUUAAAAAGAGUAAAGUACUGGGAAAUUAUUUAGAACAAAAUAAAAAUUUGGUUAGUAGGAUGUGGUGAUGACAUAAAAACAGGGUUUUGUUUACUUUGAUGAUUUUAAGUACAUUUUAAUUUUCAAUACAACGCUUGUCCUCUUGUUUUUUUC